AUGAUUGUUGAUGCAUCAUAUUUCAUUACAAAUUGCACAAUUUUCGUAUACCCAAAUGGUUUUGUACGAUAUGUAUAUACAAAAGCUAAAAUGUCAUUUACACACAAAACAUUAUUUUCUCAAUAUGCCAUCAAAAGAACAUCAAAUAUUACAGUUUCAUAUCUAAAUAAACCGAAUCUUGUUAUUACAACAAAUUCAUUAAUUAUGGAUUAUGAACAAACAACAAUAUACGAAUUUUGGGGAUACAACUAUUCCCAAAUAACAGUUCCUAAUACAGUUACAAAAAUCAGUUCAAAAGCAUUUGAAAAUUCAACAAUUCAGGAAGUCGAAUUUGAAGAAAAUUCACAUCUUUCUGUUAUUGGAGAUUCAGCAUUUAAAAAUUGUUCAAAUAUAGAAUCAAUUCAUUUUGAUCCUACCAUUGUAAUCACAAUUAUGAAUAAUGCAUUCGAAGAUUGCAUUAAAUUGGAGAGUGUUAGAAACAUAAAUAACAUUCCUGAUUACUGUUUUCGUGGAUGCUUUAAUUUAAAAAAUGUUGAUCUUCGAGAGGGAUCAGAGAAGAUUGGAGUUCAAUCAUUUGAUAAUUGCUUUUCAUUAGAAAGUAUUAAUAUCCCAUCAACGGUUAAAAUCAUCUCCGAUUAUGCAUUCAAUCACUGUAACAAACUCAAAUCAAUCAUCUUCACAGAAACUAACUCGUUAGAGAAAAUAUCAAUCAAUUCAAUUUCUAAUUGUGAAAGUCUUUCUAACAUCAGUAGUUUUUCAUCAAAUCAAUACAAAUGCGAAUCUAAUACUCUUUACAACAAAAGAAAUUCAAAAUAUUAUCUCAUUCAUCAUCUUUGUAAAUCUCAUGACCGAGUUUUAAUUCUUAACUGUGAUGUUAUCUGUAGUUAUUCAUUCAAUCAAAGCAUUCACAUCGAAAAUGUCAGUAUCAUAUCUAAUAGUGUUUCAUUGAUUGAAACUAAUUCAUUCAACAACUGCAACAAUCUCAAAUACAUCAACUUCCCUUUUUGUGUUGAAAUUGUUGAACCAUUUUUAUUCAAUAAAUGCCAUUCUAUUAGUUGUCCUCUUAUUAUUGAAAACACAUCCAUUGAUUAUCUGAAAAUGAUUAAUCAAUCAGGAAUUCCUAUAAGACUUAUGAUUAAAUGUAAGGUCGUUCAAGGAUCUAACAUCCUACAAAACAUUAGAAAAUUAUAUAAUAGCUCAGCAAAAAUUUUCUUUCGACAUCUUUGUAAAUAA